AUGGGUAAUAGCAUGGUGGUUGAUUGGAAUGAGUAAUUAAAGCAUCAAUUCACUAAAGAAAAAUGCAUUGAGCAUAAUCUUUUGGGUCCUAUUGAAAUAUACACUUAUAUCCCAGAUGAUUAAGUAAAAAUAUUUAGUAAAAAUAAUUCUUAUGAUAACCUAGGUAAGACACUUUAGCUUUCAGAUUAGUAAUACUUUAUAGAGAAGACAAAGUUAAAUCAUCCUAAUUUAUUUCGAGCUUUGUUUAUUGAAAAAUGCUCAAAUAUUUGCAGUCGUGAUCAAGAUAGAUAUAGAGUUUAUUAUGAUUAUCCUGGAGAGGAGACUUUGGAAACUGUAAUGAAAAAAAAGUAUUGUUCAUUUUAAAAUUGAAAGGUAAAAUCCCUUCAAAGAAUCUACCAUUUGGGAUAUCAUAUUUUAGGUUGUUGAUUGUGCUGAGUAUCUUCAGAACCAAUUUAAAUCAAUUAGUAAUAUUAGCCUGAAUACACUAUAUCCAUAGGCGAAGAAUCUCAAAAUAUUGGUAAUAUUUUAUAGUUAAGUUUAGGAAGUAAAUCAUCUCUUUAAUAUCUUGUCUUCUUAUGAUUAAGCUUUAUGGAAGUGUAUUUCAAUUUUAUCGCCAGAAUAAAUAGAUCAAUUAGAACGAAAUGUGCGUUUCCCUUAAAUAAAUAAUUUUAAAAGCGAUGUUUAUGCAUUCGGAAUAGUCUUACUAUGUUUAACUACAAAAAGUGAUUUCACAUCAUUUUAUAAUCAAUUCAAUUAGAUAGAAAAAAAUAACAUCUUUUAAAGUUUAUAAACUAUGAAAAAUAAUUAUUCAGAAUUGUUGUAUGGUUUGAUUGAAAAAAUGUUAAUUAAUGAUCCAGAAGAAAGGCAAUCGUGGAUAGAUUUAAAAGUAAUCAAAUAUUUGAUAAUAUUAGAAAUUCUUAGAUCCAUACAAAGCUCUAUAAGAAUAAGAACAGCCUUUUUAUUUAGAUGUCAAACUUUGCCCUAAAAUUACUCCUUAAGUACCAAUUGUUCAAAGUCCUCAAAAAUAUUAAUUGAAUCCUUUUAUCCCUAAUCAACCAUUGAUAGCCCAAUCAAACUAGUAAGUAUCUUGGAUACCAAAUGUCUCUAAUUAGAAUUAAAUCAAACAAAUUUAAUAAGGUUACUCACCCAAUUAAAUUUAUUGUUAAGAGACUAAUCCACAAUUAAAACCAACUUAUCCACUUAUUUCAAAUCAUAAUGCAUUGAUCAAUUAUUAAUCUCCUUAAAAUAACAAUUACGGAAACAAAUUUAAUUAAUAUUCUCCAGGAUCCUAAAAUGGAAAUGAGUAUAUUUAACCAUCACUGGCUCUUAGAUAAGAAUGA